AUGUUUGGUGGAAAAUCUUACCUUUGGGCUUGCGCGUUAGUGGCAUUUGCCGCCUCCGGCCGUGUUGUCGAUGCCGAGAUGGCGCACGACGUCAUCGUCAUCGGCAGCGGACCCGGUGGUCUUGUUGCAGCCGAGUAUUUGUCGCGUAACUCCAAAAUAUCUGUGCUGAUCAUUGAGGCUGGACCGCGUUCUCUCGCGGCGACUGGAGGUACUGAAAGCCCAGACUACGCUGUGGGUAGUAAGUUUACCGCUUUUGACAUCCUGGGCGAAUAUGAAACCAUCAUUAGCGACCCCAAGUACGCGAAAUUCCGAACUGGCUGGUUACCUGAGUCGACCAUUGGCCUCGGUAAACUUGUUGGCGGUUCUUCCUCGAUUAAUGCUGGGUUAUACUUCCGUGUUUCGGAUAACUACGUGAACAAUUCGUGGCCAUGCUCGAUAGAAUCUGUGAACACCAAGAUGGAUGAAAAUGAGCAAAUACAUGGCGCUACGGACAAGCCCUCGACGGACGGCCUUUGGUAUCUGCAGGAAGGCUACAAAAUUGUAGCCAAAGCAUUCCUCGCGCAAGGUUACUCGGAGAAAACACUUAACGAUGUCGCGGCUCGCAACAGUAAAAGCAAGACUUUCGGUCAUCCCCCGUUCAUAUCCAACAAAGGUCGCCGUGAUUCCCCCGCCAAUGCUUUUUGGGGUAAGAUGGCUACACGGAGCAAUGUGAAGCUCGUGACCGACCUUGAGGUCGACUACAUCUUGCAUACGGCCGGUAAGGCAACUGGUGUCAUUUACGGUGGCAAUCUGGCUAAAUUGACGUCGCGCGGCACUGUCGUCAUGGCUGCCGGUGCUUUGGGCACUCCCAAGGUGCUUAUACGAAGUGGCAUAGGUUCCGCAGACCAGUUUAACAUGUUGAAGGGGAACAGCAAAUUUCCUGGUCUGGCUCAGGGUGACUUGAUCACAAAUUCUUUCGUUGGCCACAAUUUGUUCGACGCAAACGUCGUCUUCGCUUCAUUCUCUCACCCAGACAUGAAGAGCUUCCGUUAUGUCGAUCGCCCGACCUCAGCUAUCGAUCAGUACAUCAACAAAACCGGCUCGGGCCCCUGGAGUAGCUCUGGACCGGUUCUCGUCGCCUACGAGGACUUGAUGGUGGAGGGUCGCCAAUACGAAUUCCAGACAACGAUCAUGCCUCAUGGUACUGGCGAGUUUGUUACACGCAACGAUGCAUUCACAGCCCAACUAUUUUUGAACAAUCCGGAGGCCCGUGGGGUAGCUGGCUUUAAUGAAGAAGGUGUGUGGCGCGCAUUUAAGAAUAGCAAUCUGUACGCAGGUACAAUGCGCGACUUUGGUGCCAUGCAGCAAUACGUUCACCGUGUCGUGAAUGCAAUGACGGCCCAAGGUGCCACGUUCCUCUCGGGCCAAUCGGAUGACAAAGGCAUAAGCGAAUGGGUAAGUAUCAACACUGGAUUCAUUGUGCACCACUUUGGCGGUACCUGCAUGGCUUCGGGUGAUGAAUUGGCAGGAUCCAAGCGCUGCGCCGAUAGCAAGCUGCGCGUACUGGGUACAAGUAAUAUUUUCAUUGCGGACGCCAGUGCCAUGCGUGAUGGCACAGUAAACCCGAUGGGAUUCAUCAUGUACAUUGGUCGGGAAGCAGCUGAACAUAUUUCCAACUACAUCGCCACCGGCGGCGAUGUUACGAAAUGGGAUAUUCAAAAGCCACCCCAAGUCUGCUCAGCCAUGGAGAAGGACGUUGACUACAUUGGUAACGACAUUAAAAGCGUCAACAAAGGCAAGGCCGAGGACUGUUGUGACGUUUGCCAAAAUACGAAUGGCUGUAAGUUGUACACGUGGACGACGUACAAUGGCGGUACGUGCUGGCUCAAACGCGAAAAGGGUCCUUCCAAAGCUCUAACAGGCGCGCUUUCGGCUCAGCUUCUUUAG